AUGAUAAUUUACAAAUUAUUAUUGGCAAUCAUAAUAUUGACUUAUAUCUAUGUAACAAUUGUACCUAUUUGUGAUUAUCAUGAUAAUAUGCAAAAGAAAUUUAAGACCCAUUAUGUGCAAUUAUUGUAAACAUUUAUGAUGGAUAACACAAACUAUAGCAAAUUCAAAUAAGCAUAUAAUGUAUGAUUAUAAUAAUUGUAAGGAAAGCAGUCUCAAUAUGAUAGAGGAUCCAAAUUAUUGUAUUGAAUCAGAUACAUUAGUAAUAAUUGUAUUCUAAUUUAGAAAUUAUUGCAUCCAGAUAUACUUUUGUAAGAUAAAUAUAUUGUAAGAGAUCUUGAAAAAGGUAAUCUUUAGAGAGAAAUCAUAAAAGCUAGAAUGUUUGAUUCAAUCUAGAAUUUGCUACCUUUAUCUAGUAUACAACAACAAUAUUAUUAGAACCAUAAACCAAAUUUUAACAUCGCAUUCCUCCUUAACUUACUUAUUUUUAUACUCAUAAACCAAGAUUAUAAGAUAAUUAUCAUUUUGGUUAAGGAUUGGGAUGCAUGUUUUAAAAAUUUAAUCACAUUCCUGGAUUAAAUACUUUAACUAGUAAAAACAGUUUAAUUUACAAUUAUGCAAAAUAUAUUUAAGAUAUGAAAAAUAGAAAUACAAGUUAAUAAUGUAUCUAAAAUGCUUCUUAUGUUCCUUAAACUUUAAGAUUGAAUGUAAAAUCAGAAUGCCAAUAAUUCUUUAAGAAAUUAAAUAAAUUACAAACUGAAUAUAAAAAUAAUAUUAAAUAGUAUAAUGGUCCAGAUUAUUUGUUAAAGACUGAUGAACAUCGUGGAGAAGGGAUUAGAUUACUAUUUUAAAGUUAAAUCUAAAAUAUAACUGAAGUUUAUUAAAAUGGUGAAUUAUGUGGAAAUGUUACUGAGAAGAUUGUUGCUUAAAAAUAUAUCAAUCGACCAUUCUUAUACAAAGGACAUAAAAUAGAAUUUAGAAUUUACAUCUAUUUAGCAAGUAGCAAUCCAUUAUAAGUAUACACCUAUAAGAGAGCAUUAAUUAAAAGAUGUGCUAAUGAAUAUAAUCCUUUAUCAGAAUAAAUACCUGCGCAUAUAUGUAAUACCGCAGUCACAGAAAAAACUCAUAAAAACUCUUCAAAUCAAGCUGAUGGAAAUAUAGAAUCUGAAGAUGAAGAAAUGUUCAUUGAUUGGAAUCUAGAAGGAAUAGAAGAAUUACUCAAGGAAUAAGGAAGAAUAACGAAAAAAUAAUAAUGGCUCUAAAAUUAUCUAUAUCCAAGGAUUUACUCUAAAAUUAUUCAUACUAUCAGAAGUGGAUAAUAUAGUUUCUAUAAAGACUCUAGAUUCUCAGAAUUCUUAGCAAUUGAUUUCUUGUUAGAUUAUGAACUAGAUAUUUGGUUGUUAGAAAUUAACUAUAAUCCAUAAAUUUUGAGUGUUACUCCUGAUCGUAUCAAAAGAAAUUACAAAAUGAUAGAAGAUACUAUGGAAAUUGCAUUUGCUUAUCUUAAAUCUAAGUUUAAAAGAAUCAAAUUAUUCAUUGAAUAAGAAUUAUUUAAUUAUAAAUAUAGUGGUAAUAGAAUUAGACAAGUUGAUUUCAAAAAUAAAUUUGGGAAUAAAUUUUCUCAAUUAUUAUAGGAUUCCUCCAUUGAUUAAGAGUUCACCAUUUCACCUGAUAAUUUAUAUACUCAUAUCAUAGAUGAGAGCAAGAGUGGAAAAGAUUAAUAUUUCAAUUUGAUUGAUGAAGAGUGUCUCUGAUAUUUAAU